GAACAAUGUAUGGAGGAGAUGGUCGAACAACAUUCGGAUUGCCGGAUAUGAGAGGAAGAGUUCCUGUACAUCCUGGAAACGGACCAGGAUUGAGCGACUAUCGUCAAGGGGCCAAAGGAGGUCGUGAAGAGGUAGUAUUAACAAUCGCAGAACUUCCUUCUCAUAAUCAUACAGGGCAGGGAACUGUACAGGCUGCCUUUACUCCACCUUUGGGAGGAGGUUCAUUAACGAAUCCGAGCGGAGCAACGUUAUCAGGAGACGGUUCUACACAGAUUUAUUCGAAUGCUACACCGAAUGUGAACAUGAAAGCAAAUAAUGUAACGGUUACGACAAACAACACAGGGGGACAACAACCGUUUGAUAUUCUUCAGCCGUAUUGUGCAGUACGUUUCAUUAUUGCACUUCAGGGAGUAUUUCCUUCGAGAAGUUAA